CAAUUUUCGCCCCACACUGGAAUAUCCAAAAAUUCGACGGCCCUGGGAACCUCAACUCCCCACCCCCACCAAGCCCCCCGACCACGACACAGCAUCGAUCAAGGCGAUACCGCGCAUACCCGCUGCAUCCCAGAUCACACAUAUCGCGAAAAUGGCGGCUCAAACAAAGCACGACUGGGCGGACGACGAGGACCUCGAGGAGACGACGACAGCGCCGACAACCGACCUGCCGCCCCCGCAAAAAAUCCAGAACAAGGACGGGACAUGGACCAUCAUUGAGUACCGGAUCAACGACCUGGGGCAAAAGGUCAAGGCGACGCGGCGCGUGCGCUAUGUGGUGCGGCGCGAGGUCGUCAACCCGCGGGUGGCGGAGCGCAAGGCGUGGGCCAAGUUCGGCGACUCGGCCAACGACCCCAAGGGCCCCGCGCCCGACACGACGACGGUGGGCGAGAACAUCAUCUUCCGGCCGUCGGUCAACUGGCGCAAGGAGGCCAAGGACGAGGCCAACGACCCCAACGCCCAGGCCAUGAAGGACAAGCUCAAGGACAAGAAGGUCAAGUGCCGUAUCUGCAACGGGGAGCAUUUCACCGCCCGCUGUCCCUACAAGGACACCAUGGCCCCCAUCGGCGAGGCCGGCGCCGCCGACGUCGCCGCGGGCAUGGGCGACGAGCCGUCUGUUGCGGGGCCUGCGGCCGCCGGCGCCGCUGGGGCCGGCAAGAAGGGCUCGUAUGUUCCGCCUGCGAUGCGUGCCGGUGCCGGCGCGCAGGGCGAGCGGAUGGGCGGCAAAUAUGGCGAGCGGGACGACUUGGCGACGCUUCGUGUUACAAACGUCUCCGAGAUGGCAGAGGAGCAAGAACUACGCGACAUGUUCGAGCGGUUCGGCCGCGUCACUCGCGUCUUCCUGGCCAAGGACCGCGACACUGGCAUGGCAAAGGGCUUUGCGUUUAUCAGUUACGCAGACCGCGACGACGCUGUUAAGGCUUGCAACAAGAUGGACGGCUUUGGUUUCAGGCAUUUGAUCCUUAGGGUGGAGUUUGCCAAAAAGGCCCAGUAAACUUGGUGGCAGCGAAACAGCAGGGAGUGUGGGUUGGAGGCUAGGAUCUAGACUGGGAACCAAAAGCGACUUGCUUCACGGCUUGCGGGCAUCAUGAACGAGUUGUAUUUUCCAAUACGAAUCCGGCGAUGACUUGUUUCCAUGACUGGACGGAUUGGUGAAUGUCUCCAAGAGGAGAGCAAGCGGUAUUUAAGCCUCAAGGCAAGUGUCCGGUCGUUUAGCCCGGUGCAUGAAUGGACAAGAUCUGAGUGCCGUCAAAGUACAACAUAGUGAAUUCAGCA